AUGCAGGAGACCCAGUAAGCCCCCCCCCAGGGGUACAUGGUCCAGACGCACCCGCCCAUGGGGACCCUGCCCAUCGGGGGGUACAUGCACCCCGGCUACCCUGUGCAGCUGCAGCCCUGCACAGCCUACGUCCCCGUGUACCCUGUAGGCACGCCGUACCCCCCUGGCAACCCUCCCCCUGGGGUCCCCCCGCCACAGAUGCCACCAGGAAUCGCCAUCCUGGAGCCGCGUCGGCCGCCCCACGACUACCUGCCCAUCGCAGUGCUCACCACCAUCUGCUGCUUCUGGCCCACGGGCAUCAUCGCCAUCAUCAAAGCUGUGCAGGUACGGACGGCCGUGGCGCGGGGGGACAUCGUGUCAGCCGAGAUCGCGUCACGCGAGGCCCGGAACUUCUCCUUCAUCAGCCUGGCCGUGGGCAUCGCCGCCAUGGUCCUGUGCACCAUCCUCACCGUUGUCAUCAUCAUCGCCGCGCAGCACCACGACAACGACUGGGACCCCUAGCCAUGGGCCCGCCCCCUGGCGGCCCCACCCACCGAUUGCCCUGCCUGCCAACUGGGCCCCGCCCAGCACCACGACAACAACUGGGACCCCUAGCCCCGCCCUGCCUGCCAACCAGGCCCCGCCCAGUGACCAGGCCCCGC